CUCGUAUAAAAUAAAAAAAAAAACAACCCUUUCCAGCCGCUUUUGUGAAGCGAUCGAAGAAUCGCAGACGAGACCCAAAAGGGUGACCGCUGAGCAAAGCUUUGCGAGCAACGAUGGGUUCUUUAAUGGCGGGUUGGGACUCGCCGGUCCUUGAUCCUAAGCACGUGGCUUACCAGAGGAACAGAUCGUUCACUAAAGAGGAAGUAGAAGCUUAUCGGAGGUCGAAGGAGGAGAAAGCAGGGGAAGAGCUGCGUAAAGCCCCAUCCUUCGGCGCUCGGGAGACGGUGUUCGAAGAGCGCGCAAGAAAGCACGAGAGAUCGAACUCGCUGCCGGCGGAGCUGGAAGCCGACACGGCCUGGGCGAGGCUCAUCAGCAACAAAGGCUGGUGGACCAGGAGCAAUUGGGCAUUCCUGAAUGAACCGCCGGUAUUUGAAGGGAGCACCAACAGCUACUCCUCUCAGUUCCACGUUGCCAAUCUCCACAAGUCGAACGCUUGAAUCACACGACGAGAAAGUAAAUAUGGGCUUUGCUUGCACCGAAAUGGUUGCUUUGCAAUCGUAGUUUGUAACACUAUGGGUAUGUAAAUAUUUACGUAUUCGAUACGUGCAAUCUCGGAGUGAUGUGUAUAGCGUCUCGAAGGCGGUGUAAAAUGUUGACGACUUUGAAUGUGAUCUUGUAUGAGCUCUUGUUCUCUGCUAGUGGUAAAGAAGUGAAGACUCUUCGGCUA